AUGGACUCGAUUAUACCGGCAGGCGUCAAGCUAGAGGAUUUAGAAGCGACAUUGGCCAAGAAUGAGAAUGGAACUAGAGACAGCGUGUGUAAACAAAUCAACGAGGCACGCGAUGAAAUUCUGCCGUUGCGAUUGCAAUUUAAUGAAUUUAUACAGAUAAUGGCAAGCAUAGACCAAGAUGGACCCAAACAGGGCGACCGCAUGGCCAAAUACCUACAUAUCAGGGACAAGAUUUUACAACUGAACGAAAGGUUCCAGACCUUGUCUUCGCAUUUGGAAACACUGCAACCUUUAUUCAGCACUGUACCAGAAUACUUGAAAACUGCAGAUAACAAGGACAGAAGUUUCCAGCUUUUGGAACCGUUGAGCACCUAUAACAAAAAUGGCACAGCUGCUUGCUCGGCUGCAGUUGUUGUGAACACGAACCAUUCUACAGCGGCUUCGACUCCCAGCACAACCACUACCCCUCAUCCACACCCCAACUCGCAUGCCCACUCCCUUUCAAAUCCAAAUACCACAGCUACGAUGCAACAUAAUCCCCUGGCCGGCAAAAGAGGCCCUAAGAGCAGUAGCGGUAUUGGAACUCCAAACGUACCUAAUAGCACCGCAGCUGCAGCAAUUGCAGCACCCAAGAAACCAAGAAAACCAAGACAAACCAAGAAGGCAAAGGCUCAGGCUCAAGCUCAAGCUCAGGCCCAGGCCCAGGCUCAGGUCUACGCACAGCAAUCGACUGUUCAGACACCAAUAACGGCUUCUAUGACGGCCGCACUACCCAACCCAACUCCCAACAUGAUCAACAGCGUUUCACCCACAAAUGUCAUGGGCACGCCGCUGACCAACAUGAUGUCACCCAUGGGAAACGCAUAUUCAAUGGGGGCCCAGAACCAAGGGGGCCAGGCAGCUAUGUCACAAUUCAAUGGCAAUGGCAACGGAUCCAACCCAAAUCCAAGUACCAACUCCAAUAACACCCCGCUACAGUCACAAUUAAACCUAAACAAUCUAACCCCCGCAAAUAUCCUAAACAUGAGUAUGAAUAACGAUUUCCAGCAACAACAACAACAUCAACAACAGCAACAGCCUCAACAACAGUACAAUAUGAAUAUGGGCAUGAACAACGUGAAUACCGGCGGGAAAGAACUAGAUUCUCUGGACCUGAACAAUCUGGAAUUAGGUGGUCUGAACAUGGAUUUCUUGUGA